AAAUGGACUUGGGAAAAUUAAAAUUUGGGGAAGAUCUUGAGGACGAAAUCCGGUCAGAUCUUGCUUUAUGGGAUAUGUAUUUUGGUGGGUCUUGUUUUUACAAGACCUUCAUCUUCCUCAUCUUCUUCAUUUCCUUCUCUCUCUCUCUCUCUCCAAUCUCUAGAAAAAGCAUCCAUCGAAGAACAAAACCCUGCAUUUUCUUCAUUCUUUCUGUGAAUCAGACAAAUGGGUUUGUCAGUUCAAUCUCAGUUUCAUGUCUUAGCCGUUGAUGACAGUAUUAUAGACAGGAAGUUGAUAGAGAGACUCCUCAAGACUUCAUCUUAUCAAGUUACUACAGUAGAUUCUGGUAGUAAAGCUUUGGAAUUUCUUGGUUGGUAUGAAGAUAAUAACCAAAUCAACCCUAAUCAUCAGGAAGUUGAGGUGAAUCUGAUAAUUACAGAUUACUGUAUGCCUGGAAUGACAGGAUAUGAUCUUCUCAAGAAAAUCAAGGAAUGUUCAUCUUUGAGAAAUAUACCAGUUGUGAUAAUGUCAUCUGAGAAUGUUCCAUCAAGGAUAAACAGAUGUUUGGAGGAAGGAGCAGAAGAGUUUUUCCUAAAACCAGUGAGUAAAUCGGAUGUGAAUAAACUCAAAUCACAUAUGAUGAAGUACAAAAAUACUGAGCAGGAUGAGAAAAAGGAAGAAGAUGAUGAGAUAAUAGAGAUUCAAUCUCAGUGCAGCAAUAAGAGAAAGUCCAUGGAAGAAGGUCUUUCAACAGAUAGAACAAGACCUAGAUUCAGUGGCCUGGCUGUUGUGUAAUUGUUCGACAGAACCGAAAAAAAUGAUGAUCCAUCUUCUCUGUUUGAAGCUUUCAAUUGAGGAGGAAGAGAGAAUGAAUACAUAUUUGAGAGAUCCAUUCAUCAGUAGACUUUAUUAGAGGAGAUAUUUGAAGAUUACAAUUUUUUUGUUUGGUUAAUUACUAUUGAUGAAUGAUGAUGUUGAUGCAAAUUGGGAAAGAAUCCAAUGCAACAGAAUAGAAGAGGCUGAGGAGUAUGAAAAUUCAUUUUAUGUACAUAUUAUCACUUUGACUUGGUAAAUGAAAUAGAACCCUUUUAUUGAUU